GCGUUACCUUUAGUAAUACCGGCGCCAUCUUCCAUAUUUUUUUGCAGCGCAGGUAGAUUUCUGUAGUUACAGUAUAUUAAACCUGCAUAUUUGAUGAUUUCUGGUCAGACGUCGGAAGAUCUCAUCAGUAGGAAGAUAUUUUUUAAUUGAUUCUGCAACAUUUGAAUCUAGUCUCCACUGCAGCCAUUUUGAAAGAGCAACCACCAUGUCCGACGACAGCAUCAAGGCAGAGGAGCCCCAGGCGACCCAGCCAGAACCCAUGCCUGAACCCAAACCCGUGGCCGAGGAGGGGACUACUCAGGAGCCCGAAGCCAGCGAGGACAAGCCCGGCCCUCUGCCGACAUCACUAGGGGACAAAGAGAACAAACAGGAGGGAUCGUUCAAGAAGCCGCUGGACGUCAAGCCGCAGCUCUCUCCGGAAAAGACAGAAGAAGCCAAACUUGCCGCAAAAUAUGGCAAGCUGAAACCAGGUGGUUCCGACUUCCUACGCAAGAGAUUAAACAAAGGCGUGAAAUACUUCGACUCGGGUGAUUACAACAUGGAGAAGCAGUCGGGUAAGAUGAAGCUGAGACCGGGCAGCGGGAAACCGCCCGGCCUGGCCGGGAACCGGCUGGGUAUGCCCCUGGCCGCACCAUCUCCCCUGGACACAGCCACUGGAAAGACCAUCCCCACCCCGGCCACCAUACCGCAUCGGAAACAGUCUACGGAAAUCAGCAAAUUGGCUGUUUAAGAAGAAGAAAAAAGAAAGGUGGGAGGAGCUGGGAGGAAAGAGGUAGAGGGGAAAAGGGGGGGCAGAAAUGAAACCGACAUUCCCAGGGUCUAAAAAUUCUUUAUUUCUGGCUUGUCAGCGACACAUGUUAUAAGAAACCUACAUCCACUGCCUUUGUGUUACUGCAAAUUUUUAAACAUUUCAAUUUAUGAAGACACAUUCGAGAUAUCCGUAACUCUGCCUAUGCAUUCUCAAAAGUGCAUGCGGUUUGCAUCAUGAGUCCAGGCAUGUGUAAAGUUUACUGUACUUAAAAGGGUCGCACUUGGUCACCUGAAAUAGAAAGUUAAGGCAGGGAAAUGGAUUCUAUUUCCACAUGCGCUUUCGGAGGAUCCGAUGAAGCAUGUUAUGUGACAAGGUCUCUAGUGGAAGUCAAGCAGCGUGAAGCAAGAGAGAAUUUAUGAACAGACCUUAAGGAAUGGUCAAGGAAUUACUUGGGGAUCAUUGUGUGUGGGCCUCGGGUGGAAUUUUCAAUUCUAAGUAAAGACUCCAUGUCAGAUUCUGUUCGCUUCAUGAACGCACUGGUCUAGUGUAACACACCUGGGCAUACAUGCUGUGAUUUCUCAUUGGAUUGCGCAUGGCUAAGGCUUAAUUUCUGCAUGACACACUGUAGUCUUUCUAUCAGGCAAGAGGCAAAGUUUAAGAAAUGAUGGUCACUCAGGGAUCUGACAUGUGUCUGAGAAGCUGGAAAUGAAGACUAGCCAUUCAUAUCACUCUGAUGAUCACUGGAUGGACACUCUGCCACCCCAAAAAAUUGUUUCUAUAGACAGCAGAGAUAAGAGCAGGUGUCGAAAGCAAAGGCUCAGACCUUCAUGCAGUACAGUGUGACAUCCAAACGAGUGGUCAAAAUGUGACAUGGACUGGUUCUUGUAUUACCCCCUUCCACAUUUGAGCCAAGAGAGGGAGCUACAGUUUACAAACUUUCGCCCAGUUUCAACCUCAUCCAGGGAAGUUGGGAUUUCGGUUCUGCCUUCCGACUGUCUAAGGACAACUGCCUGUAAAAAGUGAACCGCCAUCCCUACAUUUAAUGUUUGAGCUGUCCGCCAAGGCCUGUCCACUUUUCCAAGCCACCCCGCCGGCCUCCUAGAAGUGUGUUUUGCAAGUUUUCAAAGUCCAAGCAGUGAUUCCCUAAGAUUUAAUCUGUUGCCAAAAGGCACCCAUUCCAGUGGUAAGCUGGAUAUAUUGCAUGACAGAAACUUGACAAGUAGGGAAAUCACCAGAAAUGAUCUGUGUGCUGUCACCGUCUGUUUGCGCUUCCACAAAAAAAAAAAAUUGGAAAAGUUGACAGGCCUUCAGUUUAUGUAUAUAAUAUUUGAAUAUUUUAGCAUUACUGGAAGGACGUAAUAUAAAUUGUGUAAUCCAUAAGUGCAGUGAUUGAGCGACCUCCGUGUACAUGUGUACAAAAUCUUUCUGUCAGAUACAGUAUGCUUUGCCAUUUGUUGGUUUUUUUGUGUUUCAAUAUUGGCUUGAAUUGGGUGCGAAGAGAGUUCUCGUCAGCAGACAACCUGUGCGUAAAUUUCGGUGUCCUUUGCUUGCGCUGUACACAGCUAAGACUCGUAGUUAUUACAAUAGCAUGGUUUGAGGUCUGAUAUAGAGGAAAUUCUCGUGAUAUCAUACAGUCCGUGGUUUCGCCUAUGCCACCAUAUUGGCCGUCAAGUGCAUGCAUGGUAACGUGUGAAAAUACACCUACGAGCAUGGUUUGUGCCAAAGGGUGCCAUAAUCGUGAAGAUACUUCACAAGAUCUGCAAUCGGAUUCCUGCCAAUCAAAAACAAAGAUCAAAAUGGAUUGCUGUAAUUCAACACCAAACUGGACUCUAAACUCACACGCGUCUCUGCAGUCUUCACUUCAAAGCGGGUAGGCCUUAUAGGGCUAACAUUAGCACAAUUCCCUAACUUGGCGCACUUUCCAUUGACUUUCGUCUCACAGUACUGCCAAAUCUUGGAAAUACAUUGUGCCCUGUGAACUCCAUCCAAGUCAUUAGCAGUGUCGGAAAACACGAUUUCUUUCAUGGGAUUCGUCAUUUUUUCUCAGCAUUGAUCCAAAUUGCAUGUUACUAUGCAACGGCUUGACGGCCAAUAUGGUGGUUAUUGGGAAGUCACGUAACAAUGUGACAUCGUUGAAUAACCUCUAUAGUCUAUAGUAUCGCCUUAAUUAGUUCUUCUCACCGGGGGGGGCUUAUAAUGCCAAUUUUGGAGGAGAAUGGAGUGAACCAGUCUUUGCAGAGAGGGUUUUGGAAUCUAACCAAGUCGUAAAGUCUCAAAAAAGAUCCCCUGGAGAGAAGGAACUGACAGCCUGUCGGGAGUAAGGAACUGACAGCCUGUCGGGAGUUGGCAGUUGCCGCAGUUGGCACAGUCAAACCAGCCGCCUAAAGGCACAGUGGAACAUGCAAUGAGGCAGUAGUACUUUACAGUUUAGUGUGAAACCUCUAGUACAUGUACGUGUUAUACAGUCGAUAGCUGUAGUCUUGGUAUGAGCCCCCGAGGGGCAGAACAGUCAGGACAGGGAAAGUCAUCUUGAAGCUACGUAGCACCCAAAUUAUGCCAAAUGGACACGGACAGAUUUCGCUCAGCAAGAUUUGGCAAGGAGGACUCCAAUACAUGCUUAACGCCAUACAUAUGAAGUUGACUCAACUACUGGGCAUACUGCUACGCAGAAUUCAAGAUUCCUUUCAUUAAAAAGUCUGACCACUGUUGAGUGUAAAUAGACCGACAAAGCAUUAACCAGCAAACUGCAUGUAGUUGUUCUAGCACGAGCAUAAUUUAUGUGGUAGUUUCCAACGACUGUCUAUUUUCUACAUUUUUAACCAUUUCCUGCUGGGGCAGUUGUCAAUGUUGAUGAUGCUGGGCCGGGAUAUUCAUCAUUUU